AUGGACACCAGAACGUACAUUAAAGAUAUACAGCCAGGUGCAAAUGCUUCAGUGUUUGGGUUGAUAGAAGCAUAUACCCCACCAAAGAAAACAACAGGGUCGGACUAUCAUAUGGUUCUGCACAUUAAAGAUGAGCUUAGCUCUGAGGCUAUUCCAGUUCUUCUAUUCCUGGCUAGCCCAGAGAGUUUUCCAAAGUACAUAAUGGAGAACCAGGCGGUUAUUAAGAUUACUCGGCUGAAUGUAAAGACCACUGAGAGCGGAACUCGGCGCCUGGUGGAUAGGAAGUGCGGAUGCUUUUUCUUUGAGGUGAAUAAGGAAAAGGGAAGUGCGCUGCCAUACUUCUCCUGUAUAGAAGGCAAGUACGCAGAGGAAAAAGGAGACCGUGUAAUUAUUGACAGUAUUAGAAAGCACUUUAUAAAUAUAAUACCAGCUGGGCCGAGUGUGAUAUCCAGCGCCUCUAAGGAGAAUGCGGUGGUUAGUGUGUACGGGUACAUAAAAGAUAUUUCGACAACACAUAACUGGCACACUAUGAUAAUGUGUGAUCCCAGUACGCAUAAAGACCUUCGCGUUCGUGUGUGGGAGAGAGAGUUAAAUGAAAUUCCAAAGAAGAACAGGUAUGUAUGUGUGCAUAACAUAAAAAUAAAGAAGGUAGACUGUGCCACAAUCCUUGCGGAUAUAAGCAAAAGAACACCCUUUAUAUGGACGUACAAUAUACCAAAAGAGGUUGAAAUGCUAUUAUCUGCAUUUAAAACACUGAGAAGUAAGGGGUUUCUAAGGGAGUUAGUAAAAAAAAUCAAUAAAUGCGCGAGAAAAGAAAAUUCACGGAAUGUACCUGAUGUACUUGAAAAUAAAAGUAAAAAAUCGGGUCCAUUAAAUGACUCCUCAGUCGAGCCUCCGAGUUUUGUAGAAAAUGAAGAUAUUUCAAACCAUAGCCUGAAAUUAGAGAAUGUAUCAGAAGAUGCACAGAGAAGCACCAUACAGAAAAAGAAUGCAGACGAAGAAAUAAGUUCAAAAAAUUUAGAAGAGAGUAAGAGCAGUUUUGAAAAGAGUAUGGAGGAUCAUGAGGAUUUAUUCUCUGCGGAUAAUAAUUGCAGUGCAGAGGAAGAUAAACAAACAGAAGAAAGCAUACAGCCAGAUACAUCUGCACAUAAUCUUGGCCCAUACAAUGAGAUUGCUGUGCCAUGCUCUAGUGAUUAUACACUUGAGCAGCUUAUAAAAGGCUCUGAAUAUCUUGUUUCAUUUAAAGAGACUGAUCAGCUGUAUGAUGAGAUUAUACAGCUUCCCAUUAAGCCGUAUUAUACGAAUAGAUCCACAGAAGCUGUAACAUUUGAUAAAGAAGCCCUUUCUAUAAUGGACACAGGCCCACACACUCCAGAAAAGAUUCAGGUGCAGCAUGCGGCUUUUUAUAUGGACAUUCCUGUUAUUUUUCAUAUGUGCAAUAGAAUACGCACCGAUGCAGAUAAUAUUGCAGGAUUUAUUAUGUGCCUGGCAACAAGAAACUACACGCUGCAUGUGUUUUUAUAUAAAUAUAUAGAAUAAAGUAUACUAAUGACCGCU